CGAAGAAUUCGAGGUCGCCAUGACCAAUCGGUCAAUCAGAACAAUCCGCUCAGAACUAGCAUAUCUUGCAGACAACCACACCAUAACUCCCGACCAACUUAACUCGAUUCUCAACCAGCUCCCGAAAGAGAACAUACGCACCGGAACAACACCAGCGAUAUCCCCACCGCCCACCAAUUCCUUCUCCAAUCUCUCGGUGAAUCCCAUAUCGGAAAAGUCCACCGGCUACUACAACCAAGACACAUCUGUUUCCGGCGUCGCCCCCCCCGCAUAUCCCGGUCCAAAUUCCGCUUCCGGUCCCCCGCCCCCUGCGUCUUCCGCACCCAUCCUCCCUGCCCUAACACAUGCCACCGCUCUCUACGCAUACACGCCCACCGAUUCCGGCGACCUCGCCAUCCAAGCGAACGACCGGAUCGCCGUGACCGAGUAUAUGAACGCAGACUGGUGGAAGGGCCGGAACGAGCGGACCGGCGUGGAGGGCAUCUUCCCACGAUCCUACGUGCAGGUCAUCGAGGAGAAAGGCGGUCCGAGUAUCGCGCCCGGAUCCGGCCAACCGAAUCACUCGAAUAACUACGGCAACAUGCCCCUGGACGUCAGCCAGCAGGGCAAUGGGGAGGGGAAGGCCCCCAACAAGGGGCAAGAAAUGGGCAAGAAGUUCGGGAAGAAGAUGGGCAACGCAGCGAUAUUCGGUGCUGGUGCCACGAUCGGGUCGAAUAUCGUCAACGGGAUCUUUUAG